UUAGCCUUCAUCCCAAUUAUCCAGCUCCCUUCGCUACUACCAAUAAUGGCCACUACUGCCAUCGACUUUGCAGCCUACACGCCUGAGGCUAUCAUUGACGGAACCAAGUCCCUGAUUGCAAAGGGCGAGCAAGUCUAUGAUGCCAUAGCCGCCGAACCCAACCCCACCUUUGCCACUGUGGUCGUGCCACUCGCGCAGUUCGAAAACCAGGUCAGCACAAGAAUGGCUGCCUCCAACCUCAGGGCAAUCUCGCCUGAUGCUGCCGUGCGCCAGGCUAGCAACGACGCCGACCAGCUGCUGGAAGAUUUCAAGACCAAGUCCGGCAUGCGUGCCGACGUCUUCGCUGCCAUCAACACCGUCUUUGAAAAUAAGGCAGAGAUGUCCCAGCUCGAUGCCGAGGACGCGCGCCUGGUCGAGCACAUCGUCCGCAGAUUCCGCCGCAACGGCCUGGCGCUGUCCCCUGAGGACCAGGGGAAGCUGGCGGCAGUCAAGAGCAAGCUUACCGAAUUGAGCAUGCAGAAACUGUUCACUCGCGAGGAGCUCGCUGGCUUGCCAGAGGACUUUUUCGCCGGCCGCGAGACCAAGACCGAGGGCGGAGUCGACAAGUUUGUCGUCACGACAAAGUACCCUGAUGUGGAGCCCGUGCUGCAAAAGGCGCAUUCUGCCGAGACCCGCCGUCGCAUUUUUGUCACCAACGACGAGCGCGGCGCGGCAAACAUCCCACUGAUCAAGGACGCUGCUAGGCUCCGCAUUGAGGCCGCAAAGCUGCUUGGAUACAAGACCAAUGCCGAGUAUGCCCAUGAGAUCUGCAUGGCCAAGACGCCUGCCCGCGUCGCCGAGUUUGAGGCUGGCCUGCUCAGCCGUCUGAGCACGGCUGGCGACAAGGAAAUGGAGGAUAUCGCUGAGCUCAAGCGCCAGGACUCGCCUGAUAGCCCCAAGGUGCUUGCCUGGGACGUCCCCUACUAUCUCAACAAGCUCAAGGAGACCCGCUACAACGUCGAUGAGAACAAGGUCCGCCAGUACCUCCCUACGGCACACAUUAUCCGCCAGGUGCUGGACUUUUACGAAAAGCUGCUGCAUGUGCAUGUGCAAAAGGCAGACAUUUCCGUCUGGCACCCAUCAGUCGACGCCUACGAGGUGACUGACGACGAAUACGGAUUCCUGGGCCAUAUCUACAUUGACGCCUAUCCGCGCCCGGACAAGGAGAACCACCCGUGCACCAUUCCGAUGCGCUCUGGAUUUGUGAAUGCCGACGGUACUCGCCAUUUCCCGGCAGCCAUCCUGAUCACCAAUCUAAUUGUUCUGCACGAGCUUGGCCAUGUUUUCCAUGUCAUCUGCCUGAGAUCCAAGUACGACAUGUUCUGGCUCAUGUCGAUUGAGUUUGACUUCCUCGAGGCGCCGUCACAAAUGCUUGAGAACUGGGUGUGGCAGCCCGAGAUCUUGAAGCGCUUCUCCAGGCACUAUCAGACCGGCGAGUCUUUGCCUGGCAGUCUCUGCGAUGCCAUCAUUGCCGCCAAGAACGUCGGUGUCCCCAUUGAUGGCCUACGCCGCAUGUACCAGAGCCGGUUUGACCAGACCAUCCACAACACCACCGAUGUGGAGUCGGUUGAUAUCACCCAGCUGUACUCGGAUCUGCGUCGCGACAUUGGCAGACUCGAUACCGGCGACCUUGUUCUCCCAGCAGCCGGCAUCUUUAGUCACAUGAUGGGCGGAUACGACGCCAGGUUCUAUGUAUACAUGUGGGGCAUGGUGUUCUCUGCCGACAUGUUUGCUGCGCGCUUUGCCAAAGAAGGAAUCAACAGCCCGCAGACCGGCAGGGACUACCGUCGUGAGAUCCUUGAGCCUGGUGCCACCCGCGAUGCUGCCGACUCGCUCCGCGCUUUCCUGGGCCGUGACCCUACCGAUGCCGCAUUCUUUGCCGCACUCAACGUCUGAAAUAAAUGAACACAAUCGGGGUUCCAUAUAUUUGCAAAGUAGUUCCCAAGAAAACAAAAGAAUGUUUAGUUCUCA